CAUAAAAUGUUAAUAUUAUAUAAGACCAAUUGGUACAUUUGGCAGUGUGGGCAGUGUGCCAAGUCCUGCUGGAAAAUGAAAUCUUGUCAGUAGCAGAGGGAAGCAUGAAGUGCUGUAAGAUUUUGUGGGAAAACAAAACUGCACUGACUUUAGACUUGAUAAUAAAACACAGUGGAUCAACACCAGCAGAUGACAGACAUGUCUCUCCAUAAAACCAUCACUGAUCACCAGUAAAUUUUACAUUUCAUUUUUAAAUCAAGGGAGCAGAGUCUGGAGGAAGAGUGGAGAGACACACAGUCCAAACUGCUCGAGGUCUAGUGUGAAGUUUCCACCAAUCAGUGAUGGUUUGGAGAGAUAUGUCAUCUGCUAGUCUUGAUCCACUGUGUUUUAUAAUCAAGUCCAAAGUCAGAGACUGGCCUCACUGUUCCAAUACUUUUCAUUGGUGGGAUAGUUGUAUUAGGACAGUCAUACACAUAAUUAGAAUGUCAUGUCCCCUCUCAACUCAGAAAUAAAUCUUAGGUACUGCUGCUUUAAAAUAAGGGUUUUUGGUCCUGAUGAGAAAAGAAACUGUAUGUCUGGUGAAUAUUACAUUUAAUGGUCAGGCUUUUGGCUUGUCGCUGGCAGUGGAAUGGGGAAUCCUAUAACCAGGCUAAUUAACCAAAGGAUUUGGAAAAGUUUUUUUUUUUUUUUUUUUUUUUUAAAGGAUGUGCAUGUGUAAAUGUGUAUAUGAUAUGAUAUGAUACCGUCAAUUUGUUCCGCUUGCUUUGUCUGUUUUGCUUACUUAUGCGUUAUCCUUUAUAUGGACAUUUCUAUAUUUAUUUUCUUUUGAGAGAGAGAGAGAGAGAGAGAGAGAGGUUUCCGUUAUGUGAAGAUGACCAUAUCAGGACCAAACAGAGUUGUGCAUGGUGCAUUUUCCUUUUUUUCCUCAUGAGUGAUGAGGGCUGUGGAAGCGUGGAGAUAUAUAAAGGAACAUAUUAUAACUCAUCAGGGACUCUGUAAAAAUGGCUCUGUACUUUAUCAGCUUCCUUGUUCUCUUCACACUGUGUGCAUCCCUACUUUCCUCUACAGUGACAUACAAGCCGAGUGUUUUGGAGCAGUCCUGGAAAAAUAGAAAUCUUUCCUCGAUUCCUGUGGAACUGGACCACAGUCUGCAAGUACUGGAUCUGUCUAAUAAUGCAAUCGAACACUUAAAUAUUCUCAACCUCAAAACCCUUGAGAAGCUCGACCUGAGCUACAACCGUCUGAAUGUUAUAGAGAAAGAUGCUUUUAAGGAAUUGGUCCACAUGGACUAUUUGAAUCUUGCAAUGAAUUUACUGGACAGCAACGUCAUCAACAACAGUAAAGCCUUUCUGAACCUUUACGGACUGAAGCAGUUGGACAUUUCUUUGAAUAAUCUGGACAGUGAAGCCGUGGGACUCUAUAUUCAGAAUGCUACUGCUCUAGAACAGAUCGCUCUUAAUGGGAACAGUCUGACUAGACUUACGCCGGAUCUGUUCGCCAACAACAGGAACCUCGUCAGUAUCGAUAUUGAAAACAACAAUAUUUUUGAAAUCGAAGAAGGAACAUUUGAACAUCUGGAGAAAUUAUCAGUACUGAACCUGGCCAGGAAUAAUCUAGUGCACGUUUGUGAUUUUCAGCUUUAUCAAUUAACGUCUCUCAACUUGAGCCAAAAUUCGAUACAGUUUUUCCUCAGUCAACAGAAUGAGAACAUGUAUCUCCUUAAAAAUCUGGAUUUAGGCUAUAAUAACCUCCUAUACUUUCCUGUCCUCCCUAAAAAGAAUAGGCUCAAGUAUCUUCAUCUACAGUACAACAAAAUAGGUGCUCUAGGUUUAGAAGUCUCCAUUUCUGAAGCUAAACUGUUACACCAGAAUUUAACCCAGGACACAGAAGAAAUUAGAAAUAAUACAAGUGACAGUAAAGACCUUCUAAAGAGUCUUCUGAAACUACGUUACAUUGACUUGAAAGCUAAUGAUUUCAGAGAUUUCUCUUUAACGUCUCUAAGCGAUCUGAUGCAGAAUCUGGAGAUGCUAAAUUUGAGUGAUAAUUGUCUGCAGAAAAUCAGCCUUGGCAUGCUGGGAAAAGACGACGACAACCAAACACAAGCAAAGCCCAUCUCCCUGCCAUUCCUGCGCCAUAUAAAUCUGCAGGAUAAUGAAAUUGAAUACUUGCCAAAAGUAGUUUUUGAUUCCCUUCCGAAAUUAGAGAUGCUCAUCCUUAAAGGCAAUGGCGUAAAGCUGUGUCUAGCAAAGACUAACAUAUCAACAGACACGUGUGUGUCCUUCAGGGGAAUCCGCAGCCUGAAACAUCUGGAUUUGAGAGAAAAUGGCUUAGAAACCAUAGUACCUUAUGCUUUUAUAAAAACCCAGUUAAUGUCCCUUGAUCUAGCAGGCAACACAAACCUAUUUCUAGGUAAAAGAUCUCUGGAAGGUUUGCAGAGAAGCCUUAAAUCAUUAAGCAUUUCCAACAGUAACGCUAGCAGUUCACGCGUGUUUAUUCCAUGUAUGACGAAGUUACGAAGUUUAAACAUCUCUCACAACAGAUUCCACAACCUUUCACAAUCUUUUCGAUGCUUACCCCUGACGGUCCUCGAUUUACGAAGCAAUAACUUCACUUCUUUAGACUCUGUACUGACAAACGUAGCUGUAACAUUGGAUUUAAUUUACAUCAGCAAUAAUGCAUACAGCUGCUGCAAUACAAGAUGGCUGAGCGUUUUAAACAAGAGUCAAAUCAGGAUUCCAGACCUGGAUCAAGCGAGCUGUCAGUACGAGUCUGCUGGCAAUAUUACAUUUCACUCGUUACUAAACCACAACAUACAGUGUCGGUCAGUCUUUUGGAUUAGUCCAAGUAUUAUAUGGGCAGUAAUGUUAUGUGUAAUGAUCUUCCUUGCUGUUGUGGCAUUUGUGAAAAUAAUGUAUGCGAAAGGAUCAUUGAUUGUUUGAUGAUUAAUCACAUAAUUACAUUUCCAACAAACCAUUUAAAGUUAUCAAGUCAAGACAAGGACUGUAGUUUUAUUGUAACUCUGGAAAAAAAUGUUACCACUUAAAAAUGAUGAGUUUCUUUGAUUUGACCAAAAAAAAAACUCUGGAAUAUAAUCAAGAGGAAGAUGGAUGAUCACAAACCAUCAAACCACCAAACUGAACUGCUUGAAUUUUUGCACCAGGAGUAAAGCAGCAUAAAGUUAUCCAAAAGCAGUGUGUAAGACUGGUGGAGGAGAACAUGAUGCCAAGAUGCAUGAAAAAAACUGUGAUUAAAAACCAGGGUUAUUCCACCAAAUAUUGAUUUCUGGCCUUUUUCGGUUUUUCUUUGUAUUAUUUGAGGUCUGAAAGUUCUGCAUCUUUUUUGUUAUUUUAGCCAUUUCUAAUUUUCUGCAAAUAAAUGCUGCGAAUUACAAUAUAUAAUCUUGUAAAUAAGCUGUAAGAGGUGAACAAAUUAGUCUAAUCAUGUUAAUGUUGAAGU